AUGGCUUCUAAAAUCAUGAAGGGCUCCGGAGAGAUUCUUUGCGAAGGAGAGCUGGAGAAGCGAAGUGACAGCCUGUUCCAGCUGUGGAAGAAGAAGCGCGGCGUGCUCACCGAAGACCGCCUGAGCCUCUACUCCGGGAGCAGCGACCGCGUCAAAGAGCUGCGCUUCAGCUCCAUCCUCAAGGUGGACUGCGUGGAGCACACCAACAAGUACGUGUACUUCACCGUCGUCACCACCAACUUCAAGGAGAUCGACUUCCGCUGCACCGGCAAGAGCUCCUGGAACGCGUUCAUCACCCUGGCGCUGAUCGACUACCAGAACCGCCGGGCGUUGGAAGGCUUCCGCCGCCACCGUUUUCAGGGCGUCGCGUCGGAAGAGCAGCCGGAAUCCGAAGAGCAGCGCGCCCUGAGUCCGUGAGACACACGGGACCAGUCGAGCCGGGAACCAGCCCACGCGGCCGCGUC